AUGUGCCGAAAAUUAAAAACGGAAGCCGUAACCAAUGGGAACAAUAUACCCAAGGCCAAGGCCAUUCGGCUGAAGGUGCCCCAGACAAUACCGCCACUGAUGAUGAAUCCUGGUCAAAUGCCAACGACAAGUAGGGCGGUGGAAAAUGAACCCGAAGAACGGUAAGUAUGAAUGCAAAAUACGGAGGACGGAAGCCGUAUUUAUUAAUUUGUUCAAUAAUUACCAAACGUUUCCCACUUAUAGAAGGGUGACAGCAAAGAAGAAACGGAAGGCCGCUCCGCAAGCUAAUAAUGCCAUCGGAGAUUGA